AUGGCUCGGUAUGGCAUGGUACAGUACGGCUCAGUACGGGACGGCACGGGACGGGACAGCACGGUGAUGGUACAGUUCGGCACGACACAGUGCAGCUCGGUACGGCAUGGUACAGCACGGUACUGCUCGGCACGAGCUGCCUGCGAGGAGCUGGAGGCCAAGAGCAGGGAAACACUGCGGCCAUCAGAGCCGGGAGCUGGUCCCAGCGGGGAUGCCCUGCAGAAGGGGACGGGUGCCACCAGCCCUUGCACCCUGUCCCAGCCAGGCUGUGGGGGGGUCUGUCCGCGCUGCGCUGAGCCCCCCGAGGUGCGGGGCUUCUCCGCGCCUGGGAGGGGGAAGCCCUUCCUGCGGCAGCCAGGACACGGCCGAGGCCAGGUCCACCUGCCCGUGUCCCACACCUGCUGCCUCCAAAGAGCACGCCCUUGUUUCCGUGCCCGCCCCCGGCGCGUCCCCGCGUCCCGCUCAGCCCCCCCGCCCCCCCCAACGCGGAGCUGCCGCCGGCGAUGGCGGGAGGGUGGGCGGGGCCACGCGCGCUCCAGCCAAUGGGCGGGGGCGGCAGGACCCGCCCCCCGGCGACAGCCAAUGGCGGCGCGGCGCGCGGCUGGCUUGGCGGGAGCCGGCGGGAUGGCGGGAGCGGGCGGGAGGAGAUGGCGGGACCUGCUGGCAAGCUGUGGUUGUCAAAGAAAUCUCAACUUCUCAGCAGGGAGAGCCAGGAAAAGAAAAAGCGCCUUUGGGAGCGGAGCAGAGCUCCGGGAAGCAGCUCUGCGCCUCCUGGAUCAGCAUCAGAACCUGACUGACCUCCUCCUGGAGGUGGAAGAAUCAGCCAAGCCAGAUGGACAGGGUGGUGCAGAACUCCAGGGAGUAUCCUCAGCAUCAUUUAUAGUCUCUGUUCUGCAGGAACAGGCCUCCAGGCUGGGUGUACCCACAGCAGCCCUGGCAGCCAAAAAUGCUGUCACCAACAUCGAGCGGAUCUGCCGGGUUCCUGCCAGCCCCUCUCAACUCCCACUGCUGGACCUGGACCAGAGGAAGAGAUUGUCUCGCUUGCUCCAAACGCUGAAGGAUUUGCUGGCAAACAACGUGUUCAGUCGCUCACUCUUCUGUCAAGAGCUGUGGAAAAUGAAGGACCCUCCAGUGCUGGAAGUCGUGUGGCACCUGCACAGAGGAGACAUCCUGGGGCUGGCAGAGCUGCUGGAGAGCAGCCCGUCGGCAGCGGGGGAGUGGUUGUGCCACAGCCUGCGCCGCCUCUGCCAGCCGCACCCGGAGGCCUGCGGGGACCUGGAGCUGCCCGGGCACCUGCUCUCAGACUUGGCGGUCGUGUUUGUUCAGAAUGGCUUUCAGCAGACCUCAGACCUGGGAAGGAAGCUGGAAUUCAAGAAGGUUCCCCAUAUCUGUCAUGCUGUCUUACACAGGAUGCUGACAUGGGUGCUUGAUGCUGUUGGUAAAGAGAAGCAGGAAGAUGUUUCCACCUUGCAAGCGAUGAGGUUCUGGCUCAAUGUGUUCAAUGUGUCAGGGUACAGAAGUGCAGUUCAUCCGGAUUCCUUGCAGCAGUUUUUCCGACACACCCUGACUGAGGUUCUCACCUACAACCCCUCCUGGAAAGUGUCUGAUGCCAUCCGCAUGCAGAAGGAGUGGAGCUUCACCAGGACUUGUUCACUGCUCACCACCUUGUAUCGGAAACUCUUCAUGGCCUUCAGUGCAAAGGAGUGUGUCUGCCAGCUGCAGCAGGUCCUGGAGACCCGGGAGGUGAACUGGCAGCAUGUCCUGUCCUGUGUCUCCACGCUGGCCGUGUGUCGGGCUGAGGCCGAGCAGCUCUUCAGGGAUCUCCUGAGCCACCUCCUGAUGAAGGCCUUUGAGAACUAUGACAUGGAGAAUCUGAUCACUGCCUUCCUGAUCGCACGCCAGGCUGCUCUGGAGGGCCCUGCUGUCUUCAUGCCUUACUCUGAGUGGUUUAAGGCUUCCUUUGGGAAUGCUGGAGGCCACCACGGGAGCAGUAAGAAAGCUCUGGUCUUUCUCUUCGAGUUCUUGUCAGAGCUGGUGCCCUUUGAAGCAGCACCCUACUUGAAGGUCCAUAUCAUGUACCCACCUUUUGUGCCAACAAAACAUCGGCCCAUUCUCCUGGAGUACAUCACCCUGGCUAAAACCAGACUGGCUGACCUCAAGGUUGCUAUAGAGGAUAUGGGGCUCUAUGAAGACUUGUCCACCACAGAUGAGUCUGUGCAGCCCCAGGCCCAGGCGCUUCGCGACGUCGAGAAGGCCCUUCAGAUAUUUGAAAACACGAGGAAGAUCCCAACGUCUGUGAUAGAAGCCAGUAUUUUCAGGCGACCAUACUAUACUUCCUGGUUUCUUCCUGCUUUGCUGAGGCCACGGGUGCUCCCCAGAGCCCCCGACGUGCGCAUGGCUUUCAUAGAUUCCUUGAAGAGAGCUGAUAAAAUACCCUCAAACCUGUACUCCACAUACGUGCAAGCCUGUCGUGCUGCGAAAGAGAAAAGGUUGCAAGAUGAAUGCAAAGAGGAGAGCAGCCCUUCCAGAGAGCCUGUUGAGCAGCUGAGGGCUGAGCUGGCUGUGCUGAGGACACUGGUUGUGGACCAAGCUAAAUAUGAAGAUGUGCCAGCACAGGUUGCAGUGAUUUCCCACACACUAGGCAGUGUCUGUGCCCAGGACAGCCAUGAGGACCAAACUGCUGCAGCCACUUCUCCCAUCCAAGUCAACAUCUCUGCCCCCAGGCUGGAGCCCUGCCAGCAGAGUGUUGUUGACCUUCUCCUGACAUCGUUCUGCCAACACCUCGUGGCUGCUUCCUAUUUUAACCCCCCCAACAGGCAGGGACCGUGUCUCUCCUUGUUUGUCAAGAUGAUGUGUGGACACAGGAAUCUGCUGCCUGCCCUUCUGGGCAGGCUCUGCCAGCUUAUUUAUCAUCAGGGCCCUUCCCUGAAUGAUGCUCAUAUUUUAGGACUAGCAGCUUUUGUGAUCCACUUAGGUGAAUCCAGAGCUUUAAUGCCUGCAGUGGAAGCCAAUUUUGGGCUUUCUCAGCCUGUUCCUCAAAAGGUCCUUUCUGUUUCUGAGUUCUGGAACUUGCUGCUCACCUGCAGGACAGCAGAGUCCUUUGCCUUCUGCCUGAGGUUUUGCACUGCAGCAGCAUCUUACCUUAUGUGCAAGUUUUCAUCCUAUUCCCAUGAAGAUCUGUGUGCCUUACUACCUCCCAGCCUGGUUAAAAAGCUGCAGUACCUGGUGCCACGGCUGUGCCUGGAGGCUCGGGGAGCCCUGUGGGAAGAGGGUCCAGCUGAGCUGCUCUGGAGCUCCCUGUCCUGCCCCUCUCGGGACUACAGAAGAGCCAGCCUCUCUCUGUGGCAGCAAGCACGCUUUCAGCAGCUCCUGAAGGAACAAGCAUUCCAGUUGUCUUUCAGGGAGUGGCUGCUGCUGGAGUUGGAAGUGUCCCCUGAAAAGGAUAUUCUCUCUGCCUCAGAAAGACAGGAUUUCCACUACUGGGCCAUCUACCAGCGGUACCUUCCUGCACCUUCUGCUUCUGGUGGCUGUGAUGGGGACCUGCAGCAGGCCUGUGGCAUCCUCAUCAACACCCUUCUGGAUUCCUCACAGAGGUUGGAGCUGGGCAGCCGUGGCCGGUGGGAGGUGUCGGUCAGUCCUGGCAUUCUCUGCAAGCUGCAGGAGAUGGUGCUGGAGCUGGGGUGCAGGCAGAAGCUGCUUUCUGGCAGCUCAGAUGCCCAGAGACAUUUCCUGUUUGAGAUUCUCCAGGAAAGGCUGAGGAAUGGAGAACAGGGCUCUGCUUUGGGCCAGCAGUUGUGGAGGCAGCAGGAGCUGCUGCUGCACAGAAGGAUCCUGGUUGGGCUCCCUGCAUCCACUCUGAUCAUGACUUGUCAAAAAGGAAGGAAAACCAUGUUGGACUGUGAAGACUUCUUUAAUUUUGUAAACUCAGAGCUGAAGAACGUCUGUUCCAGAGGGUACGCGCUGUCCUACGACAUCACCGCUCACUUCUUCAGGGGCCUGCUUCAUGCCAGCCUGGGCUGUGAGGAGCCAGCAGAAGGGGUCAGUGAGGUUCUCACGGCGUGUCAGAGCAGAUGCCCCACUCUGCUGUUCUCUGCUGUGCUUUGGUGGCCAAGUCUGGAGCCAGUACUUUGCUCCCAGUGGAAGAGACUCUUUGGGGAUCCACUGGCAGAAGAGCUGCGGAGGCUGAGGGAGUGGCAGAGCUCAGCUGCCAGCUUCCUUUCUUCAGGAGCAGUUUUCCCCCUCUCUGGCCCUCCUUGGAUUUCAGCUGCCUUCCUCCAUUGUGCUGUUCAGCAGCAGUCACGGCGUGGACAAGGGAGCAGAGCUCUGAAGAGGCUGGGAACUGGCACAGAGCAGCUUCUUGUUUCGCUGCUGUUCUUCUCACUCCUUGAUCUCAUCUCAGCAAAAAUAGCACCAAAGGAAGGAGUGGAUUUUCAGGCAUCUCUGGAAUGGUCCCUGGAGAUCUUGCAAUGCCUGGAAGAGAGAGGCACAUCCUGGCCACUUCUCUUCCACUCAGCAGGGAAAGAGCCUGGGCACUACGUUGUCCUGCGCAGCGCGGCCUCGGCCCGGCACACCCGGCUCCUGCCUCUCGCCUUCUACAGCCUCACCCCUUGCUUCCACCAUGAGCUGCUCGCCCGGGAACCCACCUUCCUCCACCUGGCGCUCGACCUGUACGUCCAGCUGCUGCAGCUCUUUGUGGAAGGGCAGGAGCUGCCCCAGCCUGACCCUGCUGGGCAAAGUCCAGGCCCUGCAGAGCACGAGGAUCCCUUGCAGCUGAUCUCCAGCGCCCGGCGCUUCCUGCUGGCUGCCAUCCCACGGUGCCCUGCCCAGAGCUUUGCAAACAUACGACCACUACUGGCCACCUGUGAAGAGCUUGACCCAGAGCUGGGAGCAACCCUCCUGCACUUCUCAAGACCUGCCAUGGCCAUGGAGCUGGAUGAAGAGCUGGUCCUGUUUGACUGACAAAGGACGGGCAGACCCAGCCUGACCAUCUGACCAGAACACCCUGACUAUGGAGGAAAGGACAGACACGGUGCAACCUUCUCACCAGUGCCAUUUCUUUCAAAUUACUUU